CGAUUAGUUGUCCGAAUGUUGUCUUGCGGUUAUCUGAAUAUUAUAUACUUUUAACUUUUAAGGCCACAUAUUUUGUUUAUACAUAAUACAUGUUACAACGAGUUUUAUUUUAAUACUAUGCACGCUCGUGUAUCACAAACAGUUCAGUAAAUUUAGAAGCGUUAAUUAUACAUGUUUUUUAAUUGUUAUCCUUUGCAACACUCUUGUUCAAAAUCAUAAAAAAACCAUUUUGUCUGUUGUCACCGUCUCAAGUCUUCUAACAAUUUCAAAAAAUUUCUGUUCAAAACUCGUGUCUUGUAAACCUGUUGGCUGAAUUUUCAUUGCGUCGUUCAUUGAUGCAAUUAGUGCUAUCCAAGUCAAUAAUUUCUGUCGUUGAUAAGUUUCGAUUGUCGUGCGGAAAGUAUUUCAUAAUGAGUGCUGUGAGUUUUACCGUAGGACCCAAAACUUGUUCGACGGCAGGCGUGGAUAUAUCUAAAAUGUGUGCCGCUCACCAAGCCAUCGAUAAGCAUGUUAAAGACGGCAUGAUACUGGGCAUUGGUAGCGGCUCGACAAUUGUGUAUGGUGUUCAACGAUUGGCACAAAGAACAAAAGACGAGAAUUUGUCUGUUGUUUGUGUGCCAACGUCAUAUCAGGCACGUCAGCUGAUUAUCGAUUACAAACUAACAUUGGGAAACCUAGACGCACACCCUAAAAUAGAUUGUACAAUUGAUGGAGCCGAUGAGAUUGAAAUUGGUACUUUGACUUGUAUAAAAGGUGGAGGAGGAUGUUUAACUCAAGAAAAAAUUGUAGCAUCAUGUUCUGAAAAAUUAAUAAUUGUUGCCGAUGAAGCUAAAGCGGUAAACCGUUUGGGUCAAAAAUGGAAGAAAGGUAUACCUAUUGAGGUAAUACCUAUGUCAUGUAAACCGAUUCAACAAAAAAUUGAAGGAAAGUAUGGAGGUGAAGCAAUUUUGAGGAUGUCUGCUGAUAAAGCAGGACCUUUGGUUACAGACAACGGUAACUUCAUAUUGGAUUGGGUUUUUCCUGAAAAAAAAUAUUGUUGGUCAUCCAUCCACAAUUACUUAAAACUAAUCCCAGGAGUGGUUGAGACUGGAUUAUUCAUUGAUAUGACAGAUGAAUGCUUGGUCGGCAAUCCACAAGGCAAUGUACAACUACUGAAGAAGACAGAACAGACGUUAGAGUUAUAGGUUAAAUCUAAUAUCUGUGUUCAAGUGUCUUAUAUUAUUUGAAUUGGAUAGCAUUCUCUCUAAAAUCUAAGUAUUAUGACUUUUUACUAACUUUUAAUUUUGUGUUGCUUAAAUCAAAUAAUGUUUUAGAUUUCUUAGAUCUUCAGAUACUGUUUUUAAAUAUAUUUCACAAUUUAAAUUAAUCGAUGAUAGAUUUAUCAUAUUUAUAAAAUAUUUUAUAUU